CUCUUCUACUCCUUUUUCAAAUCCCUUGUGGGCAAGGAUGUGGUCGUGGAACUCAAGAAUGACCUGAGCAUCUGUGGAACCCUCCACUCUGUGGACCAGUACCUCAAUAUCAAACUCACCGACAUCAGCGUCACGGACCCUGAGAAGUACCCUCACAUGUUGUCAGUCAAGAACUGCUUCAUCAGGGGCUCGGUGGUCCGGUACGUGCAGCUGCCGGCAGACGAGGUGGACACGCAGCUGCUGCAGGAUGCAGCCAGGAAGGAAGCCCUUCAGCAGAAACAGUGAUGCCCUCUCCCCCUCCUCCCGUUCCGUUCCCAUUGGUGACCCCUAACGUGAUGUCCAGCUGAGGACAAGGACACCCCCGGCAAGUGCUUCAGGUGUUUUCGUUUUGUUAAUGUAUUUUUUUUUCUUUUUAAUUGAAUGGAUGAAAGGGAUAAUAGACGGAACAACUGUCCUCUGUUGAGAAGGGAGGAAGCUGGGACCUGUGAAACGUUCCUGGUCUCUGCUCUUCUCGCCCUUCCCUGGAGAUGGUGAGAGCUUCCUAGACCUAUCCAGGGCAACAUGUGAUAAUUUGGGGGAAAUGAAAAGAAUCUGUCCCGCAUCGGGAAUAAACUUUAUGAUGCAAACUGA